UCGCCCAGAUAACAACUACUCGGGUCUUUUCAGAACUUUAACUAUACAAACAAAAUUAAUACAGCUGUUUAGUGCACUGGAAAAUCCAAAUAUAUUCGGUGCAAUACCAUUUCUGACGAUGAAGAUCGUAGUAAUUAUACUUCUCACAUGCCUUUUGCCUGUAGUUUUAUGUUGGCGCUUUCCAGGAUACCCUGGCGUCGAUUGCCCAACCGCCAGACGAAAGAUGUCUGAAGAUCCUAAACGCAGCUGGAUGAUUCCGAAAUGCAAUCCUGAUGGCACCUACCGGGAUAUGCAAUGUUACGAUAUAGAUGAUCCUGACGCAUGCAUGUGCACUUACAAGGACGGAACUCCCAUAACUCUUCCAGGUUUUGGCAUAAAUAUCACGUCAUGCGUCUGUCCAGUUGUGGUACACGAUCGUUAUUUGUUGGACAAAGAAGAAGGUUUCCUGAGAUGUGAAAAUGGCGGCUACUUCAAACCUCUGCAGUGCAGCGAGAAAACUAAGGAGUGCUGGUGCGUGACCAAAUACGGAAACCCAGUGACACCUCGAUCAGCUGAUCGAAAAUCUUGCGAUGAUGUUGCUGACAAAUUGGAAUCUCUAUUUAUCGCAAGCAAUAAUUUAUUUUAACAUAUGCUCAAAUCUUUUUUGUAUACCUUUCUCUUACAAGUAACACCUAGAUUAUUUGACUGGAAAUCCUGCUUUAUUGGCGUUGACAAAUUGCAAUCUCUGUUUACCACAAUCAAUAAAUUAUUUUAACACUUGCUGAAAUCUUUUUUGUAUACCUUUCUCUUACAAGUAACACUUCGAUUAUUUGACUGGAAAUCCUGCGUUGUUGGCGUUGACAAAUUGCAAUCUCUGUUUACCACAAUCAAUAAAUUAUUUUAACACUUGCUCAAAUCUUUUUUGUAUACCUUUCUCUUACAAGUAACACUUCGAUUAUUUGACUGGAAAUCCUGCGUUGUUGGCGUUGACAAAUUGCAAUCUCUGUUUACCACAAUCAAUAAAUUAUUUUAACACUUGCUGAAAUCUUUUUUGUAUACCUUUCUCUUACAAGUAACACCUCGAUUAUUUGACUGGAAAUCCUGCGUUGUUGGCGUUGACAAAUUGCAAUCUCUGUUUACCACAAUCAAUAAAUUAUUUUAACACUU